AUGGGCAACGUCAUCUCGGCAUUUGCCCCAUCUGGCGGUCAGAGCUUGACCAAGACUGACCGCAUCGAGCUCGAGCGCAAGCUGGCCGACCGCGACGAGACUGUCGCUGCCCUCGAGGCCGACCUCUCCAAGAAGGAAAAGGAGCACACCGCCUUGUCAAAGGACGCCGAGGAGCUGAGGCAAAAGCUCAAGGAGCUCGACGCUCAAUUGACCGCCGCCCAGCGCGAGAACCAGACCCAUGCCGCCAACGCGCAGUCCCGCGAGGCCGCCCAGCUGAGCGAGCGCGAUGCCGCCGCCCAGCAGCUCGCCGCCGUCCAGCGCGAGAAGAAGAAGCUGGCCGACGAGCUCGAGGCCACCACAAAGUCCAUCGCCGAGGCCAAGGAGGAGCGGGCGUCGCUCGAGGCCGAGCUGCGCGGCGAGAUCUCCACGCUCGAGACCCAGCUCGGCGAGGCCAACAAGAGGCACACCGUCCUGCAAGAGGCCGUCGCUCGGCUCGAGAAGAUGACCGAGUCCCUCGAGGGCACCCACGCCCAGUACAAGACCGACUCCGAGGCCAAGCUCUCGGCCGCCCGCGACGAGUUCAGCGCUCUGCAGGCCGUCCUCGACAAGCUCAAGGUGGAUGCCGAGGCCGACCUGGCUGCCGCCAAGAAGGACGCUGCCGAUGUCCAAGGCAAGCUCAGCACCCUGCAGCAGGCCCACGAGACGCUGAAGACCGGCUCCGAGGCCGAGUUGAGCGCCGCCAAGAAGGACCUUGUCGACGCAAACGCCAAGCUCGACGCGCUUCAGCAGUCGAGCGACAAGCUGAGCGCCGACUCAUCCGCAGAGCUCGCCGCCGCCAAGAAGGACCUGGCUGACGCCACCGAGAAGCUCACCGCUCUCCAACAGUCGCAGGAGAAGCUUGUCGCCGAUUCGGCAACCGAGCUGGCCGCAGCCAAGAAGGAGCUCUCCGAAGCUCAGGAUAAGCUUACGAGCCUGCAGGACGCGCACGACAAGUUCAAGGCCGAGUCGGAGGCCGAGCUCGCGUCUGCCAAGAAGGGCGUGUCCGAGUGGACGUCCAAGUACACCACGCUCGAGCAGACACAGACCGCAUCCGCCGACGAGGCUGCCCAGCUGAAGCAGCAGCUCGCUGAUCUCCAAGCCGAGCUCGCCAAGGCCAAGGAGGCCGGCGACGCCAGCACCAAGGACGCCGCCGCGGAACUGGAGGCUGCCAAGAAGGAGGCAGCAACCUGGCAGGAGAAGGCGCAGGGACUGGAGUCGGCCCAGGACGCGCUCUCGAAGGAGCUCGACGAGGCCAAGAAGACCAUUGCUGCCGCCGACGAGACCGCCAAGACUGCUGCAGCCGAGCACGAGACUGCCCUGGCCAAGGCCGCCGCCGACCUUGACGCUGCAAAGAAGGAGCUCGCUGCCGCCCAGGAGCAGGCCAAGACCGCCACUGCCGAUCAGGAGUCCGCCCUAGCCAAGGCCACCUCCGAUCUCGAGGCUGCCAAGAAGGCCCUCGCCGCGGCAGACGAGAAGGCUCAGACGGCCGAGGCUGCUACUUCCAAGCUCCAAGAGGAACACACCGCCGCCCUCAAGAAGGCCGCCGACGACUCGGCCAAGGUUCAGGAGGAGCGCGAUUCCCUCAAGAAGGCCGCCGAGGAGCACUCCGUCAAACUGGCAGCUAUCGAGAAGGAGAACGAGGCCAGCGCUGCCAAGGCCAAGGCUCUUGAGGAGGAGAGCACAGCUCUCAAGAAGGCAGCUGACGAAGCGUCCGCCCAGGUCAAAGCCCUGGAGGAGGAGUCCGCCGCGCUGAAGAAGACGGCCGAGGAGAGUGCUGUCAAGGCUGCCGAUCUGGACAAGCUUAAGGAGCAGGUCGAAGCCGUAGAAAAGGAGAAGAAGGCGCUCCAGGCCAAGGUCAGCGAGCUGACCGAAGCCACCACCAAGGCCGAGAAGGCCGAGUCGGACCUCAAGGCUAAGCUGAGCGAGACCGAGGCAAGUCUCGAGACUGCCCUAAAGGAGAAGGCCGCUGCGGCUGCCAAGGCCGAGGCUGAGGCAGCACCCAAAGUCCCGGAGGCCAGCGAUGACAAGCCGGCUGCGACCGCGGCACCCGAGGAGGUCUCCGCCGCAGCCUAG